AUGUCGGGCUACGCAGCAAUCGCCAAGCGUAUCUCGAUUUCCUCUGACCUCACUUCUUUCCGUAGUUUCUCUGCCCUCAACUACCAGAACAUACUCUACCUCCAAGCCGAACUAACCCAUUUAGAGGAAGCUUGGCGGAAUACAGAAAAUGACACCCUGCAAAGCACUGAUGAGAAUAAGAGGUCAUUACAUCCACAUGACUGGGCAGAGCUUCAGAAGGAUACCGAGACAUGGGAUCAAUUCAAGAAGCUGAGACAUAAAUUAAAAGAAUAUAAUGAGGCCUUAAUUCAGCAACACGCUAUUUCACAUUUCGAGAAACCAUCGAGGCGUAGCUUAAGGGCUUUGAACCACAUCCUAGAUGACAACUCGAAGAAUGAGUAUCUUCUAGGAAAAGAUAGUAAAACAUGGACAGACGAGGAAACGUCUAAAGACUUGGUUACCGUUGGGCCUGUGGAAAAGCUGGAUAGAAUAUCUCUAAUUCUGGUGAAAUUUUAUCUGGUCCUUACCUAUAAAAUCCUUGGAAGAUUCUCGCAAGCAAAGGACGAUAUAGUUCAUCUUGAGGACAGUUCACUACUAUAUCCUACCAAGGUUCUUAGCGUUACGCUGUCCUCGUUACUUCCUAUCGCAGCAAUAUCGGUUCUCUACGCUGUUCACUCGAUGUGGCGACGACUGCUUAUCUUGGCUGCUUUCACGUCCGCAUUUUCGAUCAUACUGUCUUUGAUUACUACGAACUCCAAAAGACUAGAGCUUUUUGCUGCUACAGCCACGUUUAGCGCCGUGCUCGUCGUGUUCAUUGGAACUAAUAACAAUUAA